AGCUGGAACCGUGCGACAGAGACGCAUGCUGAGUUCUCUGCGGAGUAGUUACGUGUAGUUUAGACGACUCUUAUUUUACAUGUUUGCACAGUUUUUGAUACGGUUUUGCAAUAUAGUGCUAAAUCUGCACUCCUGCAAACGGGUGAACUUUCUUAAUAACCACUAGCCAGUUAGUGUUUAGCUAGCAAAGUUAGCUACAGCACUGUUAAAUAACCUCCUGUGUAACCGGCUCUGUGUUGUGCAAAGACUUUUUUUCUAAACGUUAUUCAAAAACCUUGAAGUCGCCUCGUGUCUGCUUCGGUGCUUUCAACCAUGAGUUGCGAGAAAGAAGACAUUCGAAGUGUGUCCCCUCACUGCCCCAAACCUGAUGAAUCUGAGGAGCCGCUGGGAACAACCAUGGAGACUGUAGCCAAUGACAUGAGUGUAAAAUCUGAGAAUAUGAUGUCUGAAGGGGUCAUCACCAAGGAAAUGGAGGAAGAAGAGAAGAAGCUAAUGGAGGAAGGGGAGAGGAAAGAGAAGGAGAUGAUGGAAAAGGCCCGGGAGUCGUGGGAGAGGGACUCCAAUGACAUGCGGUUCAAAAGACUGCAGCAUUUACUUCAGAAGAGCAACAUCUACUCUAAAUUCCUGCUGACAAAAAUGGAGCAGCAACAGAAUGAGGAAAAACUCAAGAAGAAGAAACUUCAAAAGAAGGUAAGGAAUGUUGGAAGAGUCGAUCCAGAGAAAAAAAAGCGGAAGAGGGAUGAAGAUUUCAAAAUAGCAGAUGUCAUCUCAAAAGAGGAAAUCAUGUCACAAGCUAAGAAAAGAAAAGUGGACGAAGCGGAUGCGGGAUCGGCCCAGACGAAACUAGAAGCUGAGGAUAUUGAAAAGAUGAGUGAUUCCAACCAAGACAUCAAGAACCGAUUGUCGGAGACGGUGCGAGACAAUGCCAAGCAUCUCCUGCACCCUCACAGGAAGGUGAACGGACAGCCAGUUCCCACCCAGCAGCCACAGCUCUUCACUGGAGGAGUUAUGAGGUGGUACCAGAUUGAAGGUAUCGAGUGGUUGAGGAUGUUGUGGGAGAAUGGCAUCAAUGGGAUCCUGGCUGAUGAGAUGGGACUGGGAAAGACCAUCCAGUGCAUCGCUCACAUCGCCAUGAUGAUAGAAAAAAAAGUGAUGGGCCCCUUCCUGGUGGUGGCCCCUCUCUCCACUCUGCCCAACUGGGUCAACGAGUUCAAGCGCUUUACCCCUGAGGUGUCUGUGCUGCUCUACCAUGGUCCUAAACCAGAGAGGGCUAAGCUUCUGAAGCAGAUCCGCAGGCCUCAGGGGCCCCUCAGCAUGUGUCCUGUGGUCAUCACCUCCUUUGAGAUCUCCAUGAUUGACAGAAAAUUACUCCAGCAUUUCCAGUGGAAAUACCUAAUAGUGGAUGAAGGCCACAGGAUCAAAAACCUCAACUGCCGACUGGUUCGGGAACUGAAGAUACUGCCCACUGACAACAAGUUGUUGCUGACAGGGACACCGCUGCAAAACAACUUGGCUGAGCUCUGGUCCCUUCUCAACUUUCUCCUGCCAGAGGUCUUUGAUGAUCUCAAGAGCUUUGAGUCAUGGUUUGACAUCAGCUCCCUUGGUGAGGCUGAGAAUGUGGUGGUUGCUGAACGUGAGCAGAACAUCCUGAGUAUGUUGCACCAGAUUCUGACUCCGUUUCUGCUGAGAAGACUGAAGUCAGACGUCACGCUGGAGGUUCCUCCUAAGAAAGAGAUUGUGGUUUAUGCUCCUCUGACUGCCAAACAGGAGGCCUUUUACACCGCUGUCGUCAACAAGACCAUCACCAAAAUGCUGGGUCAGGAAAAGACCGAGGCUCCUGUACUGUUAACAUCAAGUGGAAGACCAAAGCGUCGUAGUCAGAAGGUAGUGAACUACAGAGAAAUGGAUACAGACACGCCAUACGACCUGGAGAAAUAUCUGGAGAGGGUUCGCAAUGAGGUGGAGCAAAGUUCACAUCCAGUAGUGGAUGUCCAGAGCCCACUGGAUGCUCAGAUCAACCUGAAGCUGCAGAACAUUCUCAUGUUGCUAAAGAGAUGCUGUAACCACCCUUACCUGGUGGAGUACCCCCUUGAUCCCACCACACAGGAGUUCAAGAUUGAUGAGCAGCUGGUGCAGAGCUCUGGAAAGUUUCUCAUUCUGGACAGGCUGCUGCCGGCACUGAAGGAAAGGGGACAUAAGGUACUGAUCUUCAGUCAGAUGACGUCCAUCUUGGAUGUUCUGAUGGAUUACUGCUAUCUGCGGAAAUUUCAGUACAGUCGACUAGAUGGCAGCAUGUCUUACACCGACAGAGAUAAAAAUAUGACCAAAUUUUCCAAAGAUCCAGAGGUGUUCAUCUUCCUGCUGAGCACCAGAGCAGGUGGACUUGGGAUCAACCUGACAGCUGCUGACACCGUCAUCAUCUUUGACAGUGACUGGAAUCCCCAGGCAGACCUGCAGGCUCAGGACCGCUGCCACCGCAUCGGGCAAACCAAACCAGUGGUGGUGUACCGCCUGGUCACAGCCAACACCAUUGACCAGAAAAUCCUGGAGAGGGCCUCUGCCAAGAGGAAACUGGAGCAGAUGGUCAUCCACAAGAAUAAAUUCAAAGGUGGGAAAUCAGAGCUGUACCAAAGCAAAAGCUGCAUUGAUCUGGAUGAGUUGAGGGAGCUGCUUAAGGCUGGAGGCACUGAGAAGGAGGUGAAAGCUUCAAGGGGGAAGGUGAUCAGUGACCAGGACCUGGAGAUUCUGCUGGAUCGUAGUGACUUACUGGACAAAGGGAAGGGUAGCAAGAAGAAGGAGAAGGUUGGAGUCUUCAGAGUGGUUGAUGCCAAAGAGUUGUCAGAUAUCACACUGGCCUGAAGAUACCUGGAACAAUUCAAAGAACUAAACUUCCAUCCAGAUGGUUCGCGAUAGCUGUCACUUUAAGAGAAUAUCUUCAAACUGCUGAGUGUAGACUUUGAAUCUUGUACUCUGUCUUUUCCAUUCUUAGCUGCCUUGAUAGUAUUCUGUGUAGUUGUUUUAUACUGUUUUGUUGCUAAAUGUAGUCUAUAGUGCUUAACCACUGUGUCCUUUUUAAGACCAAACUGACUUUGGGAUUUUUGACUGCUGUAUUUUUUGGCAAAAGAUAGAGAAAGAAAAUAGUGCACACAGCCAAGAUACUCCCAGCAGUGACAUUAUAACUGUCAUAUCACAAGACUGGUUCCUUUACUUUGAGAGGGCCACUUACAUACUGUAUAUUUUUUUUAAGACGGAAGUCUUCUCUGCCUGGAUCACAAGUAGAAGCUGCACCGAUGUGAUUAAGCCUGGUUAGUGUGCUUAAUUGUUUUUCAUUUGGUCAUUUAAAGCAGAGGAAUUGUUUUGACAAUGCUGUAAUCAAAGCUCCUUUGUGCAUCUGAAGCAUAGUUCUGUUUUUAUAUAAAUAAAGCCAUCUCACAUGUCUCUUGUUUUUGAA